CGUUGAUUCAUACUAUGACUUUGCGUCUAGCGAUUAGCAAGCCUUUGCUUUCGUGUUGUUACGGGUCGAGCAAAGUAGUGCGCAAGGGUCUUGUCGUGACGCAUUGGAGGACGUUGUCAGGUUGGAGACGAGCCGUGUCGGACGCAGAGAGAGUCGUUGGAUAUCCAACAUCAUUUCUCGGACUGAGCUAUCUUCUGAGCGAUGAGAUAUCCAACGUAAUGUCACAUUUCAGACAGCUAGCCAGCGGCCGUCACAUCCAUCCCUUAUUCAGAACUCUGCGAGACUUUCUCUUUGAUGGGCAGGAAAAUGUCCACAUACGGGGAUUAGUAAUCUUGCUGAUUUCCAAGGCAACCAACUGUAUUCCUGAGACUAGACGUAUAUCAGGUCAACAGCUGGAUGCCACAGGUAUAUUACAGAGUCAGAGAUCGCUGGCUGAAAUUGCCGAAAUGAUCCACAUGGGAUACUUGGUUCACGCCGGUAUUGUUGACGUGCAAAAAACAGUUUCGAACGAGGAGGACCCUUUAGUCACCAAAGCUCUCAACUAUGGUAAUACCAUGUCGAUACUCGGUGGUGAUUUCCUGCUGGCUAACGCAUCAACAGAGCUUGCAAAGCUUCAUAACACAAAGGCGGUAGAAUUGAUAUCAACUGCUAUUAGUGAGAUGAUGGAGGGAGGGUAUAUGGAGUCGGUAUUGCAUUACCCCAACACGCAUAACAAUAAACAAACCAGCUAUUGUCCCACGUUGUCGAGUGACUUCGACUGGUUGCUACCGCCUGAUACGGUCGACGAAACGUUACAUCUCUGGCUCGUGUGGAUCUAUCUCUGUUGGGGUAGUCUACUGGCUAAGAGCUGUCACGUGUCAACCCUGCUGGCCAAUCAGCAUGACGACAUCCGGCUAGCAGCUUCUUGCUACGGUCAACACUUUGUAAUAACACGGCAGCUGUCUAGAGAUUUACAACCAUUUGUUGGCACAACAGGACGUCACGAACUAAAGCCGAUGAACGGAGUUGUCAUCAAAGCAAAGUCAUGUGACCAGUUGGACGAGGAUGCUGAUCACGAUCAAUCAAUAAUCCAAAGCCUGAGAGAGAGUGUAAUCGUAGAAGACGUACGUGAAGUGUGUCGGUAUCACGGGAGGAAAGCGACGGAGUCAUUAGAAGCGUUUCCAGCAUCGGAGGCUAAAGACACGUUACAGCAAAUGGUUCGAGUAUUAGUACAAUAGAUAGAUUUCACCAUUCUUGUACAUACAAACGUUAUCAUCAUGAUGAGUAAUACAUUUAGACCUCAUUAUUCCUACAUGUACACCCAAUGAUUCGAUGCCCUCACUCUCUGACGAAGUUACACAUGUAACCAAUUUCUAUGGUCACAGGUGGCACCAGAGACUGGUCUUGGGCACCAAGUAAGCAAAGAUUUGGUACCAAAGCUUGAAGCUACUCAAGCAGAUGGUGACGUCACGACUGUAACUGAACACAAGACAUCAUGAUCAGAUGUACCAUGAUGAUACAUACAUACAUACAUACAUGACUCGUUGAGUAUGUAUGUAUGUAUGUACAUACACUGUAUGUAUAAAUAUUGAUGUAUCUAUGAACACUGUAUGUAUAAAUAUUAAUGUAUGUAUGUAUGUACACUGUAUGUAUAAAUAUU